CGGGCUGGGGCGGCGGCGCCUGCGAGAGGGCGGACCGGGUCAGCUGCUGCAGGCGGAGCCGCGCGCGGAGCUGUGGGCGGCUGCCGAGUGUCCUGCCGCCGCCCAGCCUUCGCCACGAUGCCGGGGAUCGACAAGCUGCCCAUUGAAGAGACCCUGGAGGACAGUCCGCAGACAAGGUCUUUACUGGGUGUAUUUGAAGAAGAUGCUACUGCUAUUUCCAAUUAUAUGAACCAAUUGUAUCAAGCUAUGCAUCGGAUUUAUGAUGCACAGAAUGAAUUGAGUGCAGCAACACACCUGACUUCAAAACUUUUGAAAGAAUAUGAAAAACAGCGCUUUCCUCUGGGGGGUGAUGAUGAAGUUAUGAGCUCUACUUUACAGCAGUUCUCCAAGGUCAUAGAUGAGCUUAGUUCUUGUCAUGCAGUACUUUCAACUCAACUUGCUGAUGCCAUGAUGUUCCCCAUUUCCCAGUUUAAAGAAAGAGAUCUGAAAGAAAUAUUGACACUAAAAGAGGUAUUUCAAAUUGCUAGUAAUGAUCAUGACGCUGCAAUUAAUAGGUACAGCCGGUUGUCAAAAAAGAGAGAAAAUGACAAGGUAAAGUAUGAAGUAACAGAGGAUGUAUAUACUUCCAGGAAAAAACAACACCAGACCAUGAUGCAUUAUUUUUGUGCACUAAAUACUCUUCAGUACAAGAAGAAAAUAGCUUUGUUAGAACCUCUACUUGGAUACAUGCAGGCUCAGAUAAGUUUCUUUAAGAUGGGUUCUGAAAAUCUCAAUGGACAACUGGAAGAAUUCUUAGCUAACAUUGGAACAAGUGUACAGAAUGUUCGAAGAGAAAUGGAUGGUGAUGUAGAGACCAUGCAGCAGACAAUAGAAGACUUGGAGGUAGCCAGUGACCCUUUAUAUCUGCCUGACCCAGAUCCCACCAAGUUUCCUGUCAAUCGAAAUUUAACCCGAAAGGCUGGAUAUCUAAAUGCUAGGAAUAAAACAGGCUUGGUGUCAUCUACCUGGGAUAGACAGUUUUACUUCACGCAGGGUGGAAACUUAAUGAGUCAAGCCCGUGGAGAUGUGGCAGGAGGCCUAGCCAUGGACAUAGACAACUGUUCAGUGAUGGCUGUCGACUGUGAAGAUAGACGAUACUGUUUUCAGAUCACUUCUUUUGAUGGAAAAAAAUCUUCAAUUUUGCAAGCAGAGAGUAAAAAGGACCAUGAAGAGUGGAUCUGCACAAUAAACAACAUAUCUAAACAAAUAUACUUGAGUGAAAAUCCAGAGGAAACUGCUGCUCGAGUGAAUCAGUCUGCUCUAGAAGCUGUCACUCCUUCCCCGUCUUUCCAGCAGAGACACGAGAGCCUGCGUCCAGGAGGACAAUCUCGGCCACCAACAGCUCGGACCAGCAGUUCAGGAUCCUUGGGAUCAGAGUCUUCAAAUUUGGCUGCCCUCUCUCUAGAUUCUCUUGUUGCUCCAGAUACGCCAAUACAGUUUGAUAUAAUUUCUCCUGUGUGUGAAGAUCAGCCUGGCCAGGCAAAAGCCUUUGGUCAAGGAGGCAGGCGCACAAACCCAUUUGGAGAAUCUGGAGGAAGCACAAAAUCAGAAACAGAAGACUCUAUUCUUCAUCAGCUAUUCAUUGUCCGAUUCCUUGGUUCUAUGGAGGUAAAGUCAGAUGACCAUCCAGAUGUUGUCUAUGAAACAAUGCGCCAGAUCUUAGCUGCACGGGCCAUUCACAACAUCUUUCGUAUGACAGAAUCACAUUUAUUAGUCACUUGUGACUGUUUGAAGUUAAUUGAUCCGCAGACCCAAGUUACAAGACUCACAUUUCCAUUAUCGUGUGUAGUUCUGUAUGCUACGCACCAGGAAAAUAAACGACUUUUUGGAUUUGUUCUCCGGACAUCAGGCGGAAGAAGUGAGAGUAACUUGUCAUCAGUCUGCUAUAUAUUCGAAUCAAACAAUGAGGGGGAAAAGAUUUGUGAUUCUGUUGGAUUGGCAAAACAGAUAGCUUUGCAUGCUGAACUGGAUCGUAGGGCAUCAGAAAAACAAAAAGAAAUAGAGAGAGUAAAAGAGAAACAACAGAAAGAACUCAGCAAACAGAAACAGAUUGAGAAGGACUUGGAAGAACAGAGUCGGUUGAUAGCUGCCUCCAGUAGACCAAGCCAGGCUGGUAGUGAGGGCCAGCUUGUUCUUAGCAGUAGCCAAUCCGAGGAAAGUGAUUUGGGAGAAGAAGGGAAAAAGAGAGAGUCGGAGGCAUAAACUUGUUGCUUUUUGAUUUCCCCUUCCCUGGAAUGUGGCACAGCGUAUCCAUGCUAAAGAUCAAGGAAGAGAUCUCACUUUCUAUUGUGUGUUUCGGCCUCAUUUAAAAGGACUGAACUUGAUAACAGGUUCUAUCGAACAUUUCCCCUUACAAAUAAAAUACUAUGCAUUAUCAUCCAACUCCGCUUUCCUAAACAAGACCUACUUACUUUUCUGUAGUAGAUUGCUGAGGGAUUACACUUGCUCAAGAUACUUUUCCUUUAAAUUGUGAACAUUUUAUCUUGCACUGUAAUUGGGCUGUCUCUAUAAGAAAUCCUUUAUUCGGAUUCUGACAUUCAUGUAUGGACUCUCUCCCUUUCAUUAGGAAUGUCUUAUGGGUAGUGAGGAAGUGCUCAACUAAAUGAGCUUGAAAUCCUUUAUGUGGGGAAUUCUACAAGUUUGCAAAUGUUCUAACAAUAUUGAGUGUGCAAUAGAAUUUGUACAAAAUCACUAGGACAGGGUAGGCGGUGCUGUUGACGUCAGGAUGUUUUGUGGCUUGCUCGCUUUCUCUGAUGUACUAGAUCAUGGCAGUGGGAGAGACCCCAGUGUCUGUCGGUGUUUGAUGCAGUCCUUGGUAUUUUGUUACCAUCUUCUCAGUUCUCAGGUUGGGACUUACUGCUGCAGAACAGGAAGGGUUAGAGUAAGACUUCAGAAUUUAUUGAGAUUGUUGUUGUUCAGACAUUUUAUAUUAGAAUUGACAUGUAAAGGGAGAGUUGUAGACUGAUACAUUGUAUUUUCUGUAUUGUGGAAUAAUUUUUAAUGACAAUGAAUGACAUUUCAAAAGAUGUUCUAUAAUAAUUAUGUUUACUGCUUAAAUAAAAAUGUGCAGUUUAGUUUAGAAAACAAUCUUAAAUUUCAGACUAAUAAUCCCAGUAUUUUCAUAAUCCCACAUUUUGAUAAUGUAUUGACUUGCCACUUUAUAUCCACAAAGGCAAAUAACUAAUUUAUGAGUAUAGAAUAAUUUGCACUAAUUAUUGUAAAUACUUUUACUUUUCAAAUGAGUAAAAGAUCUAAUUCCAUGAAAGACUGAAAAGGAAUUGAACACCUCAUAGAAUAUAGGAUCAAGGAUGGAGUUAGCUUGCUACCAAGGUUGACAUGUCUCUCCAAUCUGUCUUCUGUCAAAACUUUCUUUACUUGGAUUUUAAACUGUGUUUAUAGAUUUUAUUUUCAUGUGUUCUACAUGAAAAGGUGUAUAUAUACAUAUGUAUACAAGUUAAAUAUAUUGAUUAGUAUUUUACAUAAUCAUAUAUUUAUAGAUUUUUCAAGAGGUUAACCAUUAAUUUCACAAGUAGUUUUCUCUUUGUUCUGAAUUAGAAGUUGUUUCUGUUUAGUUUUCAACAUAUAGCUCAAUUUCACACUCUGUAAGUAUACUGUUUUCUGUAGGAACAAGAUAACAAUAUAUAUAGGAUCAUGAUAUUCUUUUUAUCCAUGUGCCAAAUGGGACUAAUGGUUACUUAAUACUCUUUUUUUUUUUUAACUUAAUACUCUUUAAAGUCUUACGUUCGCCCAAACAUGUAGUUAAUAUCAGUCUUGUUGGGCUUACGAAGGGAGCGCUCUCAUAGCAGUGUUUCCUUCCUGUUAAACUGUGAACUGCUGUGCUUAGAACGUGAGUAGUGGUGACAAGUCUUGCUUUCAAGACCCUUUUUUGUUGAGAUUGGUAAGGUUUCUGGGUUUUGUUGUUGUUGCUAUUGUUUGAUUUUUGGCAGUGAUAGGGAUCAAACCCAGGGUCUUAAUAAACUACCACAGAGCCACACCCAUCCACACCCCAGGCUUUUAGUUUCAUGAAGUCUUUUCUUGAUAGAAAUGGCAUGCUUACUUCAGAUGAAAUGUACUUUAUAACAAGAGUAGUCCUCAUCAGGAGGCACUUUUAUUGGGUUGCUGCUUUGCAUAGUAGCAAAAUACUGAUAUUUGGAUAAAAAUUUAGGCCAGAGGUAAGAAUUUUUUUUUUAAUUCCUUUUAAGUCAUGUUUCAUAGGAAUUCCCGAAUUUCUUUCUUGUCCAUGGGUCAGACCAAAAAUGUGUUCCAGUACCCAGGACACAUCCUGAGCGGAUCAAACAGCUUCAGGUGGUUUAACUUCUGUCACUAUUAGACUGUAUGGAAUUUUGCUCAUCAGCUUUAGUCAGUUCUCCUGCUUGAAGAAGGCUGCUGUGAACUUCUUCUUAAAUGUUAGUGCAGAUCUUCUAUUUAGAAACUAACAAAAUUGCUUUUAAGAAAAUGAAAUUUAGCCUACCUAUUUCUACUCUGCAUUCUGUUACCUAUAUUGACAGUACUUGUAUAACUGUGGUAAUAAACUCAAUAAAAAUCACUUCUGCAUCCUUGCUAGAAACUUGCUAUAAAUUUGCUAAAGACUAAAACCAUCCAUUUGAACAGACUCAAAUGAAGCUAACCUUGUUUUUGCCAUUAUUUAAUGAUUACUUGGUGUUUAAUUUAAAAAGAAUUGCUAGCUAGCUCCACAGUGUUGGGAUGAUGAAGCUGCCAUUGUUUUUGAGAAAGGAUAGCAGUUGUAAUAGUGUGGUUUGUGCAGUGAACACACACGAGUAACCACAGGAACCACACUCUUUACAGUUUGAACUGAUAAUGCUGGCAGGCCUAUAAAGCUAGUAUAUUACAAAGUCUUCUGACAUAUGAAUGAAAUGAAAAAAGUUGCUUUUAAUAGAGUGAGAAUUUAGAUCAUAUUUUUAAAUAUUUAAACACCAGUGUAUGUAGCAAGCAAACUUCUAAUUUUGUUUUUAGGAAGUUCAUUUUAUUUCUUUUUGAGAUUUUUAUUCUACAUUAAUAACAAAGAUUUGAAACUAGAACUAUACUGAACUUUUUUAAAUGGUAAGAUGAAAUGGAUUUUAAAAGAAAAAUUAUUUAAAAUUUCUUUGUUUAAAAAUACUGUUAAUCAGCCUGGCGGUGGUGGCGCACUCCUGUAAUCCCAGCACUUGGGAGGCAGAAGCAAGCGGAUUUCUGAGUUUGAGGCCAGCCUGGUCUACAGAGUGAGCUCCAGGACAGCCAGGGCUACACAGAGAAACCCUGUCUUGAAAAAACCAAAUCCAAAAAAACAAAAACAAAAAACAAACAAACAAAAAAUACUGUUAAUCAAAAUACUUCUAAGUAUUUUAAAAGUCUUCAUUAGGCUGAUUCCAAUGUAUUUUUCCAGGAAUAUUAUUAUUAAUAGCCUAAGCUUAUUAAAACUACAAUAAAUAGAAGUCCGAGGGUUGGACACACCAAGAGCAAUGACUUCACUGAUCUCUCGAUUUUCAUUUUUCUAGCUUUGACCUCCUCUCAGGCGCUGUCUUGGAAAGGUUCUGGUCCUGCGGCCUCUCUUCGACUGUCCUGACAGAUGUCAUCCUUUUCACGGGCCUCUAUCCUCUUUCCACAUGGGUUUCGAUCCCAGCUCUCCUGUCUCUGGUUGCCUGGGCCACUGCUCUGAGUUUCUCUUCAUGUUUCUCCUUUUCUUUUUGAGCCAUCUUUCUCUCUACUUGGGUUUCCAUUUUCACCGCUUCCCAAGCCUUCCAAUGAGCAAUGUAUAGGGCUUCAGUUAGUUUGGCAAAUUUUUCAUUUAUAUGGGCCAUCUGAAGUCCUAUUCCCUCAGCAGCCAGCCGUUUAUCUACUGGAAUGGUAUCCCCCUUAGAGUUCUUCCACUUGGAAAUACAAGGAGGGCUUUUCCAUUCUUGCUGUUUCUUUACAGUCAUCUUCUGAGGAGGAGAUGGUGGUCCUGAGCGAAUUUUAUUUUGAAUCUUGAAGGCUCCAUUGGGUCUUUCUGCAUUUCUACUAUCCAAAUAACCCUCUGUUUUGCUCCAGAAUUGAAUGCUACUCCUUAGUGAGAUGGUGUGUCACUGGUGAGCACCAUCUCCGAAGGAGGACUGAGACAUGUCCGAAAGAUGACUCAUUCUUCCUGAGAUAGGGCUUCUGUGUCGUCCUGGGAGCCCUGGGACUCUUUCUACAGACCAGGUUGGCCUAGAUCAGAUAUCUGCUUGCCGCUGCCUCCCAAGUUGAAGGCAGCAGAGAGAGACUACUGUCCAUACUGAACUUUGAGUUAGUCUCUGGCUAGUUUUGUGAGUAACCGACUUCAGUUAUGUGAAUACUGGGGAUUAACUGAUAACUGAUGUGUAAGACUGCUUUGUAUACUUUGUGGGUUUUGUAAUGUAAGUAAAUUGAUUAACUCUUAUUUCACUGAUACUAACCAAGUGUGCAGUGUACAGUUGAAAAUCAUUCAGCAUCUCUCUUUAAAAUUGGAUUUGUGAUCAUGGUAUAGCUUGUGGAGCAGAAGACUUAUUUUUCCAUUUGUCAAAAUAGGUAUUUGCUGACAAGGCUUCAAGAAAUAUGUUGUUGGAUUUUUUAAAUGUAUAAUAAAGUCCAUGAUUUUUA